AUGUCAGAAACAGGACAACAAAACGCUGCUGCUGCCGCUGCCGCCGCUGCUGGUGAGGAGAAGAGCAAAAAGGCAUUGAACAGAGAACUAAAGAAACAACAAAAGGAAGAGAAGAAGAAGGCUUUCAAGCAACCAGGAGAUGGUCAACAGAAGCCACAACAACCAAAGGAGGAGAUUGUUACAAGUGGUGAGAACUUUGGAAAGCUCACUUUGAAUCAAUCACAGGAACGCCCAGGUCGCACAUUCACUCGUGUAGCCGACCUCAACCCCUCGCUCGAGGGCCAAGAGGUGCUGCUGUUUGCCCGUGUGCACGUGUCGAGAGCCCAGGGCAACAAGCUGGUGUUCAUCUCGCUGCGCGACGCCCUGUCCACCGUGCAGGCCGUUCUGCUCAUGUCGGACUUCAUCACCAAGUCGAUGCUCAAGUUUGCCGCAGGCAUCACCAAGGAGUCGAUCGUCGAGGUCAAGGGCAAGGUCGUCAAGACCACCGCACCAAUCGAGUCGUGCACUCAGAAGGACGUCGAGAUUGCCGUGCUCAGCCUGUUCAUCGUGUCUGAGGCCCUGCACCUGCCACUGCAGAUUGAGGACUUGGCCCGUCCCACCGAGGUGUUUGAGCGUCAGCGUCAGGACGUCGCUGCCAUCGAGCAGAAGCUCCAGGACCUCUCACUGUCUGAGGAGGUCAAGAAGGGCCUCGAGGAGGACAAGUCCAAGGCCAACAAGUUUGCUGAGGUCCUGCAGGACACCAGACUGAACAACCGUGUGCUCGACCUUCGUGUGCCUGCCAACCAGGCCAUCUUCAAGCUGCAGUCGGCCGUCGGCAUGCUCUUCAGAGAGUACCUGCUCAACAAAAACUUCAUCGAGAUCCACUCGCCAAAGAUGAUCUCGUCGGCCAGUGAGUCGGGCGCAUCAGUCUUCAAGCUGGGCUACUUUGACACUCACGCCUACCUUGCCCAAUCGCCACAGUUCUACAAGCAGAUGGCCAUCUGUGCGGAUAUGGAGCGCGUCUUUGAGAUCGGACCAGUGUUCCGUGCCGAGAACUCGCUCACUCAUCGUCACUUGACUGAGUUUGUUGGACUCGAUAUUGAGAUGGCGUUCCGCGAGCACUACCACGAGGUGUUGGACGAGCUCGACAACCUGAUGACCUCGAUCUUUGAGGGACUCGAGAAGCGCUUCGCCAAGGAGAUCGAGUCGGUUAAGGCUCAGUACGGAUUCGAGCCAUUCAAGUACACGCGCCCAUCGCCCCGCUUCACCUUUGACCAGGCUGCAGCGAUGCUCAAGGCCAUCGGUGAGGAGGUCGUCGACAACGACAUCAGCACCGCCCAGGAAAAGAAGCUGGGCAAGAUCAUCAAGGAGUCGCACGGCGUCGACUUUUACAUCAUCGACAAGUUCUACGCCACCGCCCGUCCAUUCUACACGAUGCGCGACCCCGCCAACCCUCUGCUGGCCAACGCCUACGAUCUCUUCAUGAGAGGUGAGGAGAUCUGCUCGGGCGCACAGCGUAUCCACGACGCCAAGAUGCUCGAGGAGAAUGCCAUCAGCCACGGAAUCAACGUGGCCUCCAUCCAGGACUACAUCGACGCUUUCAAGUAUGGCGCGUCGCCUCACGCUGGUGGUGGUGUCGGUCUCGAGAGAGUUGUCAUGCUGUACCUCGGCAUUGGCAACAUCCGCAAGACCUCCAUGUUCCCACGUGACCCCAAGAGACUCACUCCAUAA